AUUACUGCUCUCGCGAACACCUCUCCGCCGAUGAAGCCGCAAAUGCGCAGGGCCGCCGUAUUUGAGUGGUUUGGCGGUUGCUGAUCAGGGUUGCCUCCAUCUGAAACAUGCUCAUGUGCCACCGGAUGACUCUACUUCUCUUCCAUGUCCACACCACUCGCACUGAUCACGAAGGCGACCGGGAGGUGUUUGCAAUGCCACUCAAGGUCAUUGGAAAGGCUCGAUGGGAUCCUUGGAUAACCUCGCUGGAAGGUAUACUGCAUGUCUUGAGCUGCGAUAUGUGCAGGAAGAGUAUUGCACUCUUGAGUCUAGUACUGGCCUGGCUGGUAGAAGGCAGUACUGCCCCACACCAUGUUGUAUUCUCCAAGCUGACCAAUAUCCCAUGCCUGCCUGUCCAAAUACACAAGAAUGUUCUUCGGCCGAAACCCAAACCCAAGAGGCAAUGGGUAUAUCGACGGCUUGGCAGAGAUUAUAAGAUCGUCGACCUUCACUGCGUCCAUCACGCUCAUCCUCACACUCGACUCGCCGUUCCCCCUCGAAUCGCUCACCCUGGAUGCGACCUCAAUGCAUUACGGACGCAGGAUGAAAAGCCACAGAAGCCCUCAGUAUACGGUGGAGAGGAUACAGGCAGGUUAUUCGAGGAUGAAGAGCUUCGGCUACACGUAUACCGAAUGGACAGGCAGCUACGCCCUGAUAUCGAGGAUGUAGAGAGGCAAGCGGUCGGCUCAACUACAGGUUGAAGCACAUGUUGCAGGAGCCAGAUGGUCGGGGUCAUGCGGAGAUGAUGGACGCUUUGAGGCAGCACUGCAGGUUCUCAUGUUACGAGAACGCUGAAAGAGUCAAGCUGGUAGCCACCUUCCUGGGGUAGUCUGCGUGUCCCAUUGGGGUACUUGAGACUAUUGAAGUCAUUCAAAUAGAAGAAUGACACACCACUCUCUGCUCGACAGCCUCCUGCAUGCUUCGUUUAGUGGCCUAGUCGCUUCUGUCGUAAUAUGGGA